AUGAAUCCCGAAGACAUCAAUAAGUCUUCAAAAAGUAAUGAUGAGAUGAUAAAAGAUGAAAGCGUAAAAACGCCAUCUUCUAAUGAAAAAGAUCAAGCAAGUUCUGUUAAAGAAAGAAAUGAUGUGGUGGAUUUGUCGGAAGAAGAUUUACAACUUAAAACCGAUUUAGAUAUGCUGGUAGAACGAAUUCAAGAAAAUAAUCUAGACUUAAUGAGUUCCAUUCUUACACAAUUGAAAGAAAUCAUUAGAACCUCUACAUCUUCUAUGACAGCGGUUCCUAAGCCCCUUAAGUUUUUACGACCCCAUUAUUCGACUUUGACAAAGACGUUCGACUCUUGGAGCGAGGGGCCUUUGAAAGUACAAUUUGCUGAUAUCCUUUCCGUUUUAGGAAUGUCAUAUAGUGACCCUAGCAAACGGGAAUCAUUAAAAUAUCGCUUGCAUGGUGUUACUAGUGAUCCUUCUGUCUGGGGUCAUGAAUAUGUGCGACACCUAGCAGCUGAAAUAGGAGCUGAAUUUGUUGAGCGUCAAGAAAAGGAUCUGGCAACUGAUGACCUUAUGGAUCUUGCACUUCUCAUUGUACCUUUCUUUUUGACUCACAAUGCUGAAGCUGAUGCCAUUGAUUUACUACAAGAAUUAGGUGCGAUUGAAAAGGUUACCCCUUACGUUGAGGCUGAUAACGCAUCUCGUGUAUGCUUAUACAUAACGAGUUGUGUAAAUCUGCUCCCAUUUCCUGAAGAUGUGGCCAUGCUUAGAACAGCUCAUGCUAUUUAUCGAAAAUUUAAUCAACUCACACAAGCUCUAAAUGUUGCUAUUCGCCUUGAUGAUAUGUCGUUAAUUCGAGAGGAUUGCGAGGCAGCAAAUGACCCAUUGUUAAAAAAGCAGUUAGCAUACAUUUUAGCAAGACAACGAAUUCCUUUUGAUAUGAAUGACGAAGAGUUAAAUGAUGCUUUGAACAACAUUCAUUUGUCUGAUCACUUUCAUUAUCUUGGAAAAGAACUUAGCCUUAUGGAUCCUAAAGUUCCUGAAGAUAUUUUUAAAAGUCACUUGGAAGUGGCCCGGACGGGCCUUGGCUCAUCUGGUGUUUACUCGGCUAAACAGAAUCUAGCUAAUACCUUAGUUAAUUCUUUUGUUAAUGCUGGAUAUAGUAAUGAUCGACUUGUUUUGGUUGACGAUGAGAAAUCAUCUUGGAUUUAUAAAAACAAAGACUCCGGCAUGAUCAGUGCCACCGCUUCUAUCGGAUUAUUGCAGUUAUGGAACGUUGAUAUGGGGCUUUCUUUACUUGACAAAUAUCUUUACUCUUCGGAGGAAAAUGUCAAAGCAGGAGCUUUAUUGGGAAUUGGUAUAACUAAUGUUGCCGUUCGUAAUGAGGCCGACCCUGCAUUAGCUAUUUUAUCUGAAUAUCUUGAAACAGGAUCUACGAAACUUCGAGCUACUGCUAUUUUAGGAUUAGGUUUGGCGUACGCUGGAUCUAACCGGGAAGAUUUGCUUGAUAUGUUUGCCCCCAUAGUCACUGAUGUGAAAGCACCAAUGCAACUUUCUUGCUUAGCAGCAUUGACAUUAGGAUUAAUCUUCGUCGGUACAUGCAAUGGUGAUGUAGCUAGCACUAUCUUGCAAACUUUAAUGGAGCGUGAUGAAGCUGGGCAAAACGAUAACUGGGGUCGUUUUAUGGCUCUUGGUCUCGCAUUGUUGUUCAUUGGUAAGCAGGAUUUGGCUGAUGCUACCAUCGAGACAUUAAAGGCUAUUGAAGGAGACAUUGCUAGACAAGCAGAAAUUCUGGUUGACGUUUGCUCGUAUGCUGGUACAGGAAACGUCUUACGAAUUCAAAAGUUACUACAUAUUUGCAGUGAACCGCUCAGUGCUGAUGCAAAGGAGAGUGAGAAGAGUGCACAAUCCUUGGCAGCUUUGGGUGUUGCAGUUAUUGCAAUGGGCGAGGACAUUGGUGCUGAAAUGGUUACUAGGCAAUUUGAUCACAUGAUGCAUUAUGGCGAACCGUUUAUAAGAAAAGCAGUUCCUUUGGCACUUGGCUUACUUUCCGCUUCAAAUCCCGAAAUGAGAAUUUUUGAUACUCUUUCUCGAUAUAGUCAUGACAACGAUCUCGAUGUCGCCUAUAACGCAAUUUUUGCUAUGGGUCUCGUUGGUGCCGGUACAAAUAAUGCUCGUUUAGCCCAAUUACUUCGACAAUUGGCUAGCUACUAUCACAAGGAAUCUAAUGCACUGUUCAUUGUACGCAUUGCCCAAGGGUUGCUUUACCUUGGUAAAGGAACCAUGUCGUUGAAUCCAUAUCACACUGAUCGUCAAAUUCUGGGUCAGACAGCCUUUGCUGGUCUCAUGACAGUUGCACUCGCAAUGCUAGAUGCAAGCUCAUUAAUCCUUGAUUCCUCACACUGGCUUCUGUAUAGUAUGACUUUGGCCAUGAGACCACGGAUGCUUAUUACACUUGGUGAGGACGGACAGUAUCUUCCAGUCAGCGUACGCGUUGGUCAAGCAGUUGAUGUUGUUGGACAAGCUGGACGUCCAAAGGUGAUAACGGGUUGGGUUACUCAUACAACGCCUGUGUUAUUACAUCACAAUGAGAGAGCAGAGCUCGCGACCGAAGCUUACACACCAAUGACCACCCUAGAAGGGAUUGUGAUUUUGAAAAAAAAUAAUAUCGAGGACAUUGAAAUGACUGCUUAG